UGGCUCUUAUAUUAUUUAUCUUUAUGGUGAGAAGAUGAGAGAACUAGUUGUAGCUCACCUGUUGUCACUAAAUUCAUUAUGCCUUUAUUGAAUAAAAAAAAAACUACUCAAUCUAUAUAAUAUAUAUAUAAAAAAAAAAAAAGAAAAUAGAGAAGCUAAGGAGGCCAACCUGCAAGCUGCUAUGACACAAGCAUGUAAGUUUUGUUCCAAAGUAGAUUCACCCAUCCAACGCCCAUUACUGCCCUCUAACUGCCUACAGUCGGCCCCUAACAAAAAGCAAUCUUAGGGUCAACCAGGAAGAGGCAAGUUGGAUUACCAACUUCUCUGAAGCCAACACUUCAGAUUCAAACAUCCCUCUCUGACACUCUAUAUAUAUACCCCCACGUAAAAGGUAUCUGCUGUGAACACACAAAAAGAAAACAAAAAGAUGGGCAAGAUUUGGGGAAGCAGCAGCUGGGGGAUUCUUGCAAUAUCUCUACUAGUUUUUGGCAUUUUGGUGCCAGAAGGAUGUAGUCAAGACACCUCAUGCCUAAACCAGCUAGUUCCCUGCCUCAACUAUCUUAAUGGAACAAAAGAUGUACCCAGUAGUUGCUGCAAUCCUCUAGAAAAUGUGAUAAAAUCAGACUCAGAAUGCUUGUGUAAUAUGAUAAGCAACCAAGGCAGUAAUCAAGCUGAGCAGGCUGGAAUCAAUGUAACUGAAGCUCAACAAUUGCCUGCAAGAUGUGGACUCCAUGUCAACCCUCUCAGUUGCGUUUCUGGUUCUCCAAAUACCAAGAACUCAGCUGAUAAUUCUUCAGGGGUUAUAUUGUUCCCUUGUUGGAGCAUGAUGGUGGCCACAGCUUUAUCAAUUGCUCUUCACAUUUUGUGGUGUAAAACAGAUUGAUAGCUUGAGUUUGUGAUAGGAGUUGUUACUUUCUUGUUGUUUUGUUAUUAUUUUCUUCAACCAAGAACCAGGAUGUGUAUCUCUAGUGUGUUUUUUUUAAUCAUGAAUAAAGUAUUGGUUGAAAUUUCA